AUGUCAGACGAAGAUUCGAUAAGAAUUAAACUUAUUCUCUUAGGCGAUUCGGGAGUGGGAAAGUCGAGUCUAAUCCGCCGAUUUGUUGAUGACCAGUUUCUUGUGAAUGAGGCGGCAACAAUUGGUUUCGACUAUAAACCAUAUCAGAUGGUUUUGGAUGGUGAGACUGUACAGUUUAAUAUAUGGGAUACAGCUGGUGCAGAACGCUACAGUGGUUAUCUAACUCCUUCGUUUUAUCGUCACGCCAAUGGUGCCCUUUACGUAUAUGACGUUACUUCUAUGCAAAGUCUAUCUGGAGUAAAGUAUUGGGCAGAACAAACAGAACAGUUCUGUGGCGGUCGGCUUUUAAAAAUGCUUGUUGGGAAUAAAAUUGAUUUGGAUGGCCGAGUAGUUUCUAAAAAGGAAGGUUCAGAUUUCGCCCGACAAUUGGGAUCACUUUUUGUGGAGACUAGCGCGAAAACAAGUGAGAACGUUCGUGAUGCAUUCGUAGAGCUUGUUCGAAAAAUACUUCAAGAUCCUGAAUUCAGAGCAUCAUCUUCAUCAUCAAGACCACCUCAGGGUAUACCAUUACAAUCUAAACAACCAGAUCCACCACCUUCAACGUGUUCGUGUUAA